AUGCCCCACAACGACCGCGAGCUCUACGCCGCGAGCUGCAACCCCCCACGACGUGCAAAGCGGCUCCGCUCUGACUCGGCCGUCGCCGCUGACGUCCCUGCCCCUGUCUCGCCUCUCCUUGCCCUUGACAAGAAGCCAAGGAGGGACGCAGCGCAGUCGGUCGAGGAUAGCGACUACGACGAUCCCUCCCCUCCCACCCCGCCUCCGAAGCGCAGAGGUCGUAAACCUGGUCCCCUAUCCAGGGUCGCGCGCGAGGCACAACGCAAGAUUAACCACUCGCUUAUUGAGAAAGCCAGACGCACAAAAAUUAACGACGCCCUCGCCACACUCCGCCAACUCGUCCCGGCUGACUACAAACGCCAAGACGGCCCUGCUACGCCUGACGACGACGACGGGAGCGAGGAUGAGGAGGACGGUGGGGAUAAGACCGCGAUGAAGCAAAAGUCGCCGUCGAAAUCGAAGAGUGGCGAGAAGGAGUUCAAAUUGGAGAUUUUGGUGCGGACCGUGGCCUAUCUCCAGGAUCUCACAGACAAACUCAGGCUACUGGAGGAUGGAAAAUGUCACCAUUGUCAUCAGGCAGCUGCGGGUCAGAAGAGAAAGCGGGAUGACAAGUCGCACGAGGAAUGCAACGCUGCGGAGGUAGCGACUGGCGUAUAUACCCAGGAAGAAAGCUCUCGAGCUGUGCUCCGCGACAGCCCCAGGAAGGCUGCCCACCAGUCCACCCGCCUUCCAUCCAUUUCCACAUGGCUUCCCCACAAGACUCCCCUCCUCACUCCUUCCCAGUCCCCCUCCUUACAGCCUCUCUUAUCCGCUUCAUCUUACGCCAAACACCCCGUGCACCAGCUGCCCUCGCCGCCGACGUCAGGCACCUUCCACCCAGAGUCCAACGCCAAUUUCCAGGCUCCUCCCAUAUUGACGUUGCCCUCACCCGGCACGCAGACUCGCGCAUUCCACCCACCUCCCAAGUUCUCCAUGAAGGGUGUACCCUCGCGCGCAAAUGUGUCUCCACUUAUUUCUCCUGAAGACGAGUCUGCUGCGUCUCUUCUUCUGCAGAUGAGCGCGUCGCCCACGUCGUCUGUUGCCAAGCUCGGUCCUCCGUCGCCUUCACGCCACCAUGGGCAUAUGGCGCUGACACCGAGCAGUCUGUUGGGUCUCGGCGACGACACAUGA